AUGUCUUUAAAGAAUAGGCUUCUUUUAAUUAAUUUUAAACAAAUUGUACAGAUUGUUGAUGAUAAUACAACACAAUAUUUAUGUGGUAAAGAAAAAUGUAAUAAUAUUAAAAUAUUGAAUGAUGAAAAAAAGAAGCUUUGUAUUUCAUGUGAUAAUAAUGGAAUAAUUAAUUAUGUUGGUGAUAUAUCAUCAAAUCCUUUUGAUUUAUCUUCUUAUGAUAAUAUUUAUAAUUGUAAUGGUGGUAUUGGUAUACCAGGUUUUGUUGAUGCUCAUACUCAUCCUGUAUUUGCUGGAGAUCGUGUUCAUGAAUUUGCAAUGAAAAUUGGUGGUGCUUCAUAUAUGGAGGUUCAAGCAGCAGGAGGCGGUAUUCAUUUUACAACAACUAAAACUAAUGAAGCAUGUAAAGAAUCUUUAUUAAAUGAUUUUAAAAUAAUUUGUGAUCAAAUGAUGAAAAGUGGUACAACAACAAUUGAAGCAAAAAGUGGAUAUGGUUUAAAUACUGAAUGUGAAAUAAAAAUGUUAGAGGUACUGGAGGAGGCUUCAAAAGAAUUACCAAUUGAAAUAUCAUCUACAUUUUGUGGUGGUCAUGCUGUUCCUAAAGGAUAUAAUGAAGAGGAACAAACUAAUAUUAUUAUUAAAGAUAUGUUACCAAAAAUUUUAGAAUUGAAAAAAAAUGGUAAAUUAAAAUGUCUUGAAAAUAUUGAUGUUUUUUGUGAAAAGAAUGUUUUUGAAAUUGAGAAUAGUAAGAAAAUUUUAAUUGCUGGAAAAAAAGGAGGUUUAAAUGUCAAUUUUCAUGGUGAUGAAUUGACACCACUAGGUGGAGCUGAGAUGGGAGCAUUGAUAAAUGCUAAAGCAAUCAGUCAUCUGGAGGAGGUUAGUGAAAAAGGAAUACAUGAUAUGGCUAUAUCCGGAAGUGUAGCAGUCUUAUUACCAACAACUGCAGUAACCUUAAAACUUCCUCCUCCUCCAGCUAGAAAGAUGAUUGAGGAAAAUGUUAUUGUUGCAUUAGGGUCAGAUUUCAAUCCAAAUGCAUAUUGUUAUGCAAUGCCAACUGUCAUGCAUCUUGCAUGUAUUACCUUUAGAAUGUCAUUGGCAGAAUCCUUAGUAGCAGCAACUAUAAAUUCUGCUCAUUCUAUUAAUCGUGGCUCCACACAUGGAGCUAUUGCUAUUGGAAGAGUUUGUGAUAUUGUUGUCCUUGAUGCAAAUAGUUGGGAACAUAUUAUAUAUAGAUUAAGUGGACAUCAACAUAUUAUUAAAAAUGUUAUUAAAAAAGGUCAAUUACUUUUAUAA